GUCUGUCCGAAGGGGGCAGCCGGUGCCUCACGGAGGAGGCGGGCCUCUGAUGGGGAUGACCCGCGUCAGUCGGACGGGGCUCCGGGUGUCUGACGCGGUGGCCGGGUGCCCGCCAGCCGGGGCCCCUCCAACCGCGACACAGCCAACGCGGACUGCGCCCAAGGACGCGGGCCGGAGUAGGUCCUAUCUUCCGCUCACGCUCGCUGGGCAGGCCCUGCGCAGGCGCAGCCUGCCGGGGGCGGGUCCGGCCCCGGAAGUGAUCUGCAGCCCGGGUCCGGGCCCCGGAAGUGACGUGUCCCGGAGUGGAGCCAUGGUGCCUUCGAGGCUUCUCUCAGUAGGACCGCGGACCGUGUUUGGGGGCGUGGGGCGCUGGACUCGGGUCGCGCCCGGCCAGCUCCCGUGGCACGCUCCCCCCAGGCUGCUCUCGGCCAGCUGUGCGGACCUCUCCAAGCACCAGGAGCCCCCCGGAAAGAAACCGCUCUCCGAGAAGAAGCUGAAGAGGCAUUUUGUGGACCAUCGCCGAGUGCUCAUCCGAGGGGGAUGUGGAGGCGACGGGGUGAGCUGUUUCCACAGUGAGCCCCGGAAGGAGUUCGGAGGCCCUGACGGUGGUGAUGGAGGUGACGGUGGCCAUGUCAUCCUGAAAGCUGACCAGCAAGUCAAGUCGCUGUCCUCUGUGUUGUCGCGGUACCAGGGUUUCCAUGGGCAAGCUGGUGGCCGGAAGAACUGCUCCGGGCGAGGCGGCGCUGUCCUCUACAUCCGGGUCCCCGUGGGCACCUUAGUGAAGGAGGGCAGUGAAGUCGUGGCUGACCUGUCCUGCCCGGGCGCGGAGUACGUCGCCGCUCGGGGAGGUGCGGGAGGAAAAGGCAACCGCUUUUUCCUGGCCAAUGACAACCGUGCACCGGUGACCUGUACCCCCGGGCAGCCCGGUCAGGAACGUGUCCUCUUCCUGGAGCUCAAGACGGUGGCCCACGCCGGGAUGGUUGGGUUCCCCAAUGCCGGGAAGUCCUCGCUUCUCCGGGCCAUUUCGAACGCGAGGCCUGCCGUGGCGUCCUACCCGUUCACCACCUUAAAGCCCCACGUUGGGAUUGUUCGCUGUGACGAUCACCAGCAGAUAACAGUGGCGGACAUCCCGGGCAUCGUCCGGGGCGCGCACCGGAACAGGGGCCUGGGGAGCGCCUUCCUCAGGCACAUCGAGCGCUGCCGCCUCCUCCUGUUCGUGGUGGAUCUCUCGGAGCCAGAGCCGUGGACUCAGCUUGAGGACCUGAAGUGGGAGCUGGAGCAGCACGAGGCCGGCCUGUCCCGGCGACCCCACGUGGUCGUGGCAAAUAAGGUCGACCUCCCCGAGGCCAGGGCUGCCGUGCCCCGGCUGCGGGCGCGCCUGGGCCCGAGCGCCGUCGCCCUGUCGGCGGCCACCGGGGAGAACGUGGAGGCGCUGCUGCUGUGUCUGCAGGAGCUGCACCGCCAGCACGUGGCCACUGAGCUGCAGCGCGGCCACCAGCCGCUCAGGUGGUAGUGUCCCCCCCAUCCCCCA